UCAACAACGGCUUUCUGCUCAAGCCGUGUCCGCGUCGCGUGCUUAGUACCAGCGGACAAUCAAGCCGUACACCUUGUUUGCUAUUACGACGGUGUCGAGUCAGCCUGCUCCUGUUUGUCAAACCCCAGCAAAUCGACAAACCUCCGCCCAGUCCGGCACUCCCGCGGCGCCCGGGCAACCACAACACGCCCAGAGGUCCGCAGGAUUCACUCGAGCUCAGACGAGACGGAAGCCAAGAUGUUCUUCCUCAAUGCUAUUAUCAAGAAUAUCGCGCCGCUGUUCAUUGCGACAAGCCCAAUCACCAGCUAUGCGGACCAGAUAUACUCGAUUCACAAGACGCGCAGCUCUGCUGGCUUCUCGCUCGACAUACCGCUGAUCAUGCUGGUUGCUAGUAUAUUGAAAAUCUUCUACUGGUUCGGCGCGCACUUCAGCACCUCGCUCCUCAUCCAAGCCCUCCUCACAAUCUUGGUGCAAAUCCUCCUCCUCCACGUCGCCCUCACGAACCGCGCACCGCCUGCACACACACAUCAGCCCUUCCAACACGCCCUCGCCCCCGCGCCCCGGCGCCGUCCAUAUGACUUCUGGCAAUGGCGCAGCACGCGCCCGUACUGGAGCUUCGUCACAUACUUCACCGCUGGCUUGCUGGUCUUGCACUUGCUGCUGAGUCCAACGAGGCUGUUCAUACCGUACACCGAUCUUCUGGGCAUGAUUGCGCUGGCCAUUGAAGCUACUCUUCCGCUCCCUCAGCUUAUGGCCAACUGGCAGCGGCGCGGAUGCAAGGGUUUCCGGCCGUCAGUCAUUGCAAACUGGGUUGUCGGUGAUACAUUCAAGAUGUGGUUCUUCUUUGCGAGCGCGAAGGGAGAGGUGCCGUGGGCAUUCAAGGCGUGCGGCAUCUUCCAGGCUACGUGUGAUGCGGGGCUGGCGAUUCAGUACCUGGUCUGGGGCGAUGGGCCGGAGGGUGUGAGUGGUGCGGGAAGAGAGAAGGAGUUGAGGAGUCCGCCGCCGGAGAGGGAUGGAUUUGCGAUGGAGAAGAUGGGUGAAGGGUUGGGAGCGGGGAGUGUGGGGAUUGAGAUGGGUCAGCUGCCGGCAUACGAGAGGAGGUGA